CUCGAAUUUGCUUGUUUGUUUGGUAGUUGAACAAACAAGCAAAGAAGGACAAACACUUGAAGACGAAUGUGUCUGUUAUGGAAAUGAACUUCGAAUAGCUAAUUUUGACUCAAUUCACAGUAGGGUUUUUACGUCAUUGCAGAGUCGUCAUUGUGAGAGUUGAAGCUAAUCGAAGAUGGCUGUUGAAGGAGAUGCUGAGCAGGAAUACGUGCCGCAGAAGAAGAAAGAAAAAUCCGAUGAAGAGAAGAGGAGAAAGAAAAUUGUGCCUGGGAGUUUGAUGAAAGCAUUGAUGAGACCUGGUGGAGGGGAAUCAAAACCUUCGGAUGGUGAUCAGGUAAUAUAUCACUGCACAGUACGAACACUGGAUGGUGUAGUUGUUGAGUCCACAAGAUCAGAAUAUGGUGGCAAGGGUAUACCGAUAAGACAUGUUCUGGGCAAGAGCAAACUGAUACUGGGAUUGCUAGAAUGUAUUCCCACAAUGUUGAAGGGUGAAGUGGCAAUGUUCAAGAUGAAACCUCAAAUGCACUAUGGGGAGGAUGAUUGUCCAGUUCAAGCACCAAAUAGUUUUCCUAAAGAUGAUGAGCUUCAUUUUGAAAUUGAACUGAUUGAUUUUUCUAAAGUCAAGGUUGUUAGCGAUGAUUUGGGAGUUCUAAAGAAGAUAAUAAAUGAAGGGAAGGGUUGGGAAUGUCCUAGAGAGCCUUAUGAAGUAAAAGCAUGGAUAUCAGCAAUGACAGGGGAUGGAAAGUCGAUUAUGUCACGCACUGAAGAGCCCUAUUUCUUUACAUUUGGAAAAUGUGAGGUGCCUAAAGGCCUUGAAAUGGGAAUAGGAACAAUGAACCGGGAAGAAAAGGCUGUAAUAUACGUAUCUAAUCAGUACUUGACUCAGUCUCCUUUCAUGCCGAUGGUAGAAGAUUUUGCGGAAGUUCAUUUCGAGGUGGAACUUGUCCAUUUUAUUCAGGUGCAGCAACUUCUUCACCUUGGAGGUUAUGGUUGUUUGUUUUUCUAGUAGAAUGCUGAUACAGAGUUGUGAAAACGUUGUAUAUUAAUUGAAAAUUACUCACAUUUUCAGUGCUAGAGUAUUGUUUAUCGUCUUGCCAUGUAUCUUGGUAUUAUUUUUCUCAAAGUUACAGUGCAUGUUUUAACUUUGAUUCUCUGCUUUAUCUUUUUUUUUUUUCAUGCCUAUUGAGUUACAGCAUAUAGUUGUAUGCACUUAUUCAUUAAUACUUUGUUUGCCUGUAAUUCUCUGUCAUGCUAUUUUAUGAUGUCAGUGAGGAGCACUCUCGUCAGCGAACUUCCUUGUUCCUGGAGCCUGGAGGUGAUUAAGGUGCUGAAUAAGCAAAAAUCACAUUUAUUACAAAUUUGUUGGAUAUAGUUAAUUGUAUUCAACAUCAAAAUUUUAAACUUACAAGGAACAGGUUCAUUGCAUUAAGGCUCUGUUAGGUAUAAGAAUUUUCAUUUCUUAAAUUCAUGUCAUGGAACUACUUAGGAAGUGUGGGUUGAUAGGAUCAUAAGAUCUCAACGGCAACCCAAAAAAAGAAUCCCCAGAAAACAGUCAACACUUCAGGAUCAACCCCCACGAUUCCCACUCAACUUCUGCACUUCCCACCUCCACGAUCUCUGGCCAACUUCUGCACUCUGCAUAAUCCCACGAUCUCUGCCCAGCUUCUGCACUCCGCAUGAUCCCCGCAAUACACCAGCCCAGUCACUUAUCCUUUCACAUGUUUAAUUUCUUUCUGCUAUUUAAACUACUAGAAGAACGACUAAAAAGAGGAGAACAUUUAUGCAAAAUUACCUGUGGUCAUUCUCGCCCGAAAGAGAAAAGUUUAUGAAAAAUAUUAACGGCUUUGACUAUAAUCUAUCAAUUGGUAUCAAAGUCAUGUCUAAUAAAGAGAGGAUUGAACAACUCGAAGCAAGUGUGGGGGUUUUGCAAGAUAGCUUCAGCAGAUUGGAGCUGGGAGUCGCGGAUAAGUUGAACCAGAUGGAGGACACCCUCAAACGGUUGAUCGAGACGUUGCUAGCCAAUCAAGAGGAUUAUAGCAGCAACACCCCAGUCCGAGCAGGGCCGACAUAGCUUGCCCGUGACGAAGGACACGGAAGAAAUGAAGGUAACCGUUCCCCCUUCCACUCCCGACUUGCCAAACUAGAAUUUUCAAUUUUUGUAGGGAAUGAUCCGACUGAAUAGAUCAGUCGGGUGGAACAAUUCUUUGAUUACCAAGCCACUGCCGACGAACAGAAAGUGCAACUGGCUUCUUUUCACUUGGAAGGUGAAACCAACCAGUGGUGGCAAUGGCUUCGCCGAACUUAUCAAGAAGAGGGGAAGUUGGUGACAUGGACCAGAUUUGUAGAAGAACUUUGGGCCCGCUUUGGACCAACAGAGGCUGAAGACUUUGAUGAGACAUUGUCUAAAAUUAAACAAGUCGGCCCGUUGAGAAAGUACCAAAAGGAGUUUGAACGGCUUGACAACCGGGUCCACGGGUGGACCCAAAAGGUUUUAAUUGGCACCUUCAUGGGCGGGCUUUAGCUCGAGAUAGCAGAUGGAAUAAGGAUGUUCAAGCCCAAGACCUUGAAGGAUGUAAUAAGUCUGGCCCACAUGCGCGAGGAACAGUUGGGCCGUUAAGGGGCAGGCUAGACUUGGGCAGGCUAGACUGGGGCAGGCGGAAUCAACUCGACCCACAAUCACGCUCCCUAUCCGACCAAACUCCGCGAGCUCUAGUAGAAAUAGUCGCAGUUCCCAAGCAGUUAUCUUGGGAAGAGGCACAGCGUUGGCGAACACAAGGUCUGUGCUUCCACUGUAACGAAAAGUUUACCUUUGGCCACAGAUGCCGUUGAUCCCAACUAUUACUUAUAGAAGGCAAUGAAGAGGAAGAGAAUGUUGAUCCUGUGAAGCCUGGCUAAACGGAGAGACCAAAGGUACCUGAACCUUGAGGACAAGGUUCUAAAAAAGGGGGAGGCAAUGAUAGGAUUAUAAGAUCUCAAUGGCAACCCAAAAAAGGAAUCCCUAGAAAACAGUCAACACCCUAGGAUCAACCCCCACGAUUCCCGCUCAACUUCUGCUCUCCCAACCUCCACGAUCUCUGGCCAACUUCUGCACUCCGCAUGAUCCCACGAUCUCUGCCCCGCUUCUGCAUUCCGCAUGAUCCCCACAACACACUAGCCCAGUCACUUAUCCUUUCACAUGUUUAAUUUCUUUUUGCUAUUUAACCUAUCAGAAGCACGAGUAAAAGGAGGAGAACAUUUCUGCAAAAUUACCUGUGGUCAUUCUCACCCGAAAGAGAAAAGUUUUUUUGAAAAAUCUUAACGGCUUUGACUGGGACCUAUUAUGAGUUCAUAGAAUAAUCAGCACAAAUAAAAAAGGUUUCUAAAAGCACUAAAAAUAUCACUUUAAAAUUUUCAAAUUCUAUCAUCAUUUUAAUAUUAUAUUAUUCAUUGCUAACUAACUUAUUUGUUUUAUAAUAAGAUCAUAUAAAUUCAGAAAAUGAAAACGGAAAAACGUUUUCAUGUAC